CCUUGGACCCCCCGAUUGGGACACACUCAUUCAAACUUCACCUUCUCCACUUUCCAUAACCAUUUUUUUUAAUAUUGAAUUUCUUCGUAAUUUUGACACAUUCCUGUCCUUCCAGGUUGUUGUCACAACAGUACCUGGAUUUGAAUAUUCAAUUAUGUAUACCCUUUUGGGGCCCCGGAUUCAGUUUUUUAAUACAAGAGAUUUUGGGGUUCCUUUGUGGGCAUGCAUUUCGCGUGUUAUCAGGGGAUGAAUUUAAUGGAGGUUUCGAUCUUACAUCAUGUGGGGAUCGUGCUUGUUGGGCUAUGGAUUCUCUCUGCAUUCAACUGGUGUCACACGGUUGCUUAUUUUGUGGCUUUGAUCUAUCUUUUUCUGGUUCAUGAGCGUUAUGUUACGAGGCUGCGGAGGAAGUUGCAGUUUGAGGAGUGGAAGCAAGCUAAUCAAAGAAGGGUGCUUUCAGAUUCUGAAACAGUCCGGUGGUUGAACCAUGCAGUUGAAAACAUAUGGCCCAUAUGCAUGGAACAGAUUACCUCUCAAAAGAUAUUGUUCCCUAUAAUACCAUGGUUCUUAGAGAAGUACAAACCUUGGACUGCUAAAGAAGCUGUUGUUCAGCACCUAUACUUGGGAAGAAACCCACCUUUGAUUACUGAAGUCCGCGUUCUUCGCCAGAGUGAUGAUGAUCACUUGGUUCUGGAGUUAGGAUUGAAUUUUCUCACGGCUGAUGAUAUGAGUGCUAUACUUGCUGUGAAACUAAGAAAAAGGUUGGGCUUUGGAAUGUGGGCAAAACUGCACAUUACAGGAAUGCAUGUUGAAGGGAAGGUCUUAGUUGGGGUAAAGUUUCUCCCGACAUGGCCUUUUAUUGGCCGUUUGCGUGUAUGCUUUGUUGAACCUCCAUAUUUUCAAAUGACUGUCAAACCUUUGUUUACUCAUGGGCUUGAUAUGACUGAACUUCCAGGCAUUGCUGGGUGGCUAGAUAAGCUGCUGUCUAUUGCUUUUGAACAGACCCUUGUUGAGCCCAAUAUGCUGGUUGUUGAUGUUGAGAAAUUUGUUUCACCACAGCAAGAGUCUUGGUUCAAGGUGGAUGAGAAGGAACCUGUUGCUUAUGCAAAAGUAGAAGUUAUUGAAGCAUCUGACAUGAAGCCAUCAGACCUAAACGGAUUAGCGGAUCCUUAUGUGAAAGGUCAAAUGGGUGUAUACAGAUUCAGGACAAAAAUACAAAGGAAAACACUUACUCCAAAAUGGCAUGAGGAAUUUAAAAUUCCCAUCAUAACUUGGGAGUCUGACAAUGUGCUGGUUAUUGCAGUUCGUGACAAGGACCAUUUCUAUGAUGAUAUCCUUGGGGACUGUUCUGUGAACAUCAAUGAAUUUAGGGAUGGGCAAAGACAUGAUAUGUGGCUGUCGCUUAAGAACAUAAAAAUGGGGAGUUUGCAUUUGGCAAUAACUAUUCUUGAAGAUAAUGGAAAGGGAGUUGAUACUACAUGUGAGCAGGAACCAAUGGACUUUGAAGAACCAAAAAACUCCUUUGAAGCAAAUGAGACCACUGAUAAUAGUUCCUUCUCACCUGUUCCACCUGAAAAAUCUGAGAAGUUGGCAGAUAACUAUGAGCCUAUAGAUAUCAAAGGGCAACAGGAGACAGGAGUUUGGGUUCAUCACCCAGGAAGUGAAGUUUCCCAAAGGUGGGAGCCUAGGAAAGGGAAGAGUCGGCGUCUUGAUACAGAAAUUCAUGGGGAGCCUAAUGAUUCAGUUGGCAGUGGUAAUUCAACUGUAUCAGGAUCCUUGAACAAUGACAGCAGCAGUCCUGAUAAUAAUCAUGAAGAAAAACAUCGAAUGAGAUUGGUUAGGAAGGGCCUGCACAAGAUUGGGUCAGUAUUCCACCGGAGUCCUGUUGGUGAGGAGUUGCUGUCUCCACAUGAUAACAUUUCUAGCUUUCAAACUGGUAAGGUUCAGGCAGAAGGGGGAUCAACAGAAGGGAGUAGUCCUGAGAGCCCUGCCAGUGCCAAGGGAAAUGUCAAGGAUAUGGCAAAGAAUAUUUUGAAACAUGCAGAAAAAUCGGCUCGCGGCUUGAGGCACGUUCUUUCUUGUAAAUCAAGGAAAUUUAAAGAUGAGUCUCCAACAGUUCCAGAAAUAGAACAUGAAUCUGACUCUUCUGAUCAGGAAUCUGUUGCAGCUCAGUCUCCCAUAGAUGUAAUAAGAACUCCAGUUGGUUCUCCUGCUGUGGUCUCCGGCAGCAAUGGUUCCCCCAAUUCUGGGGUGAAUGUGGUUCAAAUAGUUCCAUCAAACACUAAUGUGGACAAUCAAGCCACAACGGAAAUCGCAAAUGAAAAAGAUGACCCUGAAAAUACAUGCUCCUCUGACAGGUAUAGGGAAGAAUUUGUUAAAUCUGCUGAACUGGAGCAUGAUAAAGAGGAAAUGGGGGCAGAUAAAAAAGAUUCCAUCAGUUUGUCUCAAUGAAGAAUGUCUCAAGUAGCAUAGCAUAUUUUCUCCAUCAUUUCAUACCCAUGUUCUACAGUUCUAGGCAGAUUUUGAUUGCAGUAAUAGUCCUGUGAUCGUCAAUGUCAGACUGGUUUUACAUAAACAUGUUCGGGUUUCAGAUGGUGCUGUAGUUUGUAAGCAUGUAAAUAACUUUACAAGGAAUACAAGAUUUACAAUCUAAUUUUGUUCUCCUAUA